AUGGGUUGGAAAGAGUUUUUGGGGUGGUUUGAGCAGGAGAGCAUCUUGUGUGUCCCGGACAUUCAUAGCUUGUUGGUGGCUGCUUGGAACAGGGACUUUAGGAAACAUGUGGCUUCAUUUUGCAAAGCAUGGGUUCUUACUUUGCUUUGGUGCCUUUGGACGCAAAUGAGUAAUUGUAUCUUUGAUGAGAAAAGCUUUGCUCAUAAACGUAUUAUUCACGCCAUAAGGGUUGCUUUCCUCGACAUGGAGCAAAACUUUCGGAAGCUGGGCUGCAUGAAGAAUAUUUGUAUCGAUCUUUUAGUGCUUAAAAAGAUUGGGGUUAAGCCUCGGGCCUCGCCUCCCCCCAGUUUUCUUAAUGUCCAUUGGUGGCCUCCACCAAUUCAAUGGAUCAAGGUUAACACCGACGGCUCGGCGUUAGGCGCCACUAGGAAAAUUGCGGCCGGUGGUGGGGUCUUUCGGGACAACUUCAGUUGGGUUCGUGGUUGCUUCCAUAUUAAAGGUGGAAUUGGCUUUGCUUUUGAGGCGGAGCUCCUGACUGUUAUUACGGCGGUUCAAAUCGCAUACUCUCGGAACUGGCGGCAUUUAUGGAUUGAAUCCGACUCCACUUAUAUUGUGAAUCUUAUGCAAUCUAGGUCUCUCGACGUUCUGUGGCGUUUUGUGGCUAGUUAG